UUGUUUAUUUUAUUCUUUUCCGGCCUUUCCUUUUGAGAUCUGGUUGUGUUUCAGAUAUAAUAUUACGGUAAUUUAACGAACUCUAUACCAAAUGGCGGACGCUGCACCAGCCGGUGGUAGAGGAGGAUUCCGUGGAGGAUUUGGUGGUGGUGAAAGAGGCCGCGGUAGAGGACGUGGACGUGGCCGCGGUAGAGGAGGUAGAGGCGGCCCGAGAGGUGCUCGUGGUGGGGCCAAAGAAGGUGACAAAGAAUGGGUACCUGUCACUAAGUUGGGUCGUUUAGUCAAAGAAAUGAAAAUCAAAACGAUUGAAGAAAUUUAUCUUUUCUCUCUUCCAAUCAAGGAGUUUGAAAUCAUUGAUUUCUUCUUGGGAAGCAGUUUGAAAGAUGAAGUAUUGAAAAUCAUGCCAGUGCAAAAACAGACAAGAGCAGGUCAAAGAACUAGGUUCAAGGCAUUCGUUGCCAUCGGAGAUUUCAAUGGACACGUUGGUUUGGGGGUGAAAUGCUCAAAAGAGGUUGCCACUGCAAUCAGAGGAGCUAUCAUCCUGGCCAAGUUGUCGAUCGUUCCAGUCAGGAGAGGUUACUGGGGUAACAAAAUUGGUAAACCCCACACCGUGCCAUGCAAAGUAACUGGUAGUUGUGGUAGUGUUGAGGUGAGGUUGAUUCCAGCCCCAAGAGGAACAGGUAUCGUCGGUGCCCCUGUCCCCAAAAAGUUGUUGCAUAUGGCUGGUAUUGACGACUGCUACACUUCUGCUAAUGGUCAAACUGCUACUCUUGGCAACUUUGCCAUGGCGACGUAUGAAGCCAUUGCAAACACAUACGCCUACCUGACACCUGAUUUGUGGAAGGAGACAGUGUUUGUGAAGUCUCCAUACCAGGAGCACACUGAUUUCCUCAUGAAGUACCCUGCUAUGGAGAGAAGAACCGGUGAAGUUAAACAGUAUUGAAGAGCUAGAGUUGGACUGACGGGCUGACUUCAAGCAGUCAAUCGGUUGAUCGGUUGACAGAUGAAGAUGAAUUGAUAGUAAUUAACUAAAUGAUUGAUUGGUUGACGGAUGGAUUGAUAGUAAUUGACUGAAUGAUUGGUUGGUUUUGUAAUAAAGCCAUCAUAUGUCAUAGAUGAUAUGCAUGUGUCAGCUUAAUAAAAAAAUUUAUAAGUUUGUAUGUGUCGAUUUUUGGUCAGAUUACUUUGUCGUUGAAUAUUAUGCAAACGAAUUAUGUAACUAGUGGAAAAAGAUUUUAUUGAAAUAGUAAAAAAAUAUGAAAAAUUUAAACGUUUAAAAUUUUUAAAGUAACGAGAAGAAAAAUCUCGAUUCACAAUGUUUUGAUUCAAGUACAUAAACGAUCAAAAAAUUUCAAAAUACGUCAACACGCAACUGUACGAACCGUCGACUUUUCAAAAAUGUGUAUUCAAAGGUAAAACGAAAUUUUGAAGAAAUGAUUUGAAGAUAGAAAAAAUAGAAAAAUACAUGGUUUUCUAGAAAAUUUGGAAAAUUUUUUUUGAAAAAUUUAAGGGAAAAAUUUGUCGCGAUCAGUCAGUGUAAUAGCAUUAGAGUUGAUGAAAUGUUCCUUUUGUUCAUGAGUUUGAUUCUGAAAUCGCUCUGUCUGCCGUGUUUUCUUGGCUUUCUCUGUUGGUGAUAUGAAAAAUAUAGAUUGUAAUUAAAGUAUUAUUAUGAAUAAUAAUUAUUUCCAUAAUAAUUAUGGAUAAUUAAUAUAACAAUUUUGAAUUUUUGUUAAUUAUGGUAUUAUAUCAUUUAUGAUGCAAUAAUGAAUGUGGUUGAUAGUUUUGUGCCUAAAUAAGAUUAAAAA